GAUGUCGAUUGUGGCGCUCCCGGUGGAUGCAGGAUUCGUUUUGAUCUUCAGGCCACUUAUCAUAGAAGUUUUUCCUCUUUGUAUAGGUUUCCGUAACCAUUAUAAAACUCUUUGCUUCUAUCUGGCUGAGAGCGAAGUUCGCUGAGCGAACAUUCUUUUUCGGCCAUAUUUGUGGUUGUGGAGAGUGUGAUCGUUUUCGUGGAGUAAUAUACGGGAUAUCCUGAGAUUUUUCCUGGCUAGUUGUAAUAAUGGCUGAUCAGACGGAGCGUGCUUUUCAAAAGCAGCCAACUGUGUUUCUUAAUCGGAAGAAGGGCUUAGGUGCCAAGAAACGAAAGUCCCUGAGAUACACACGCAAUAUUGGUCUUGGCUUCAAGACUCCGCGAGAGACGGAGAGAGCCUUCCAGAAGCAACCACAUCUUAACCUCAAUAGAAAACCCGGACUUAAGAAGAAACCCCUUCGUCGCCAUCGCAAUGUUGGUCUAGGUUUCAAGACCCCACGAGAGGCAAUUGAAGGUACAUACAUUGAUAAGAAAUGCCCUUUCACUGGUAAUGUUUCUAUUCGUGGUCGCAUUUUGACUGGCGUUGUUCAGAAAAUGAAAAUGCAGAGAACUAUAGUUAUUCGUCGUGAUUAUCUGCAUUACAUCCGCAAAUACAACAGAUUCGAAAAGAGGCAUAGAAACAUGUCUGUGCAUCUUUCACCAUGUUUUAGAGAUGUUGAAAUUGGAGAUGUCGUGACUGUUGGUGAAUGCAGACCUCUCAGCAAAACUGUUCGUUUUAAUGUUCUUAAAGUAUCAAAGGGGACUGGAGCCAAAAAGAGUUUCAAAAAGUUCUAAAUAAAAUACUGUGAAUAAAGUGACUUAAUUUCAUGAAUUUUCUUUCUAUUUUUCCUUAAAUCCCAACCACUCUCUACUAUUUGGGAAAUGUAACACAGAAUUCAGCAUUUAACAUAAUAGAAUGCUGAUAUUCAAAACUUUGUGUCUUGUAUUUAGAAGAUUAUGCUAAAGAAAACUGGGGAAACUGGAUAGAUGAAUUUUGCUUUCAACCAAUAUCGCUUCUUAUCAGUUGUGGUUUAAUGAUGGAAGAGCUUGCGCUGUAUUUGAAUAC